AUGGCCAAGAUUAUCGGCAUGAGAAGCUGCAGUGGUUUCCAAGAUCUUAAAUCAGGCAGCAUCGUCGUCUGUCAUUAUGCUAUGGGUUUGUCGUUUCUGGCAUUGAUUCUACUAGCAGGAAGAUUAUAUAAUGUUGACCGCCAGGUCAGUCUGUUGACCACCAUCUCCUCACUAUGGUUUCCUGAUGAACUUCUCUCUCCCAGUCCGCCAGAUGUCGAUAAUAAUGGAGCAUCCCAGCCUGAGAUGUCUAGUGCUCAGAAUAGUAACCCACAAAACGACGAUUCUUCAGUUUUCUCUUCCAAAAUAGAGAAUCUUGUUAAUUUGAAAGCAGAUAUUGAAUAUAUAAUAGUGGAGUUGUCUUCGGCUCGAAUUACUCUUAUUUUAAGUGUCGUGUUCGUUGUGGUUUACAUUCUAAGUUGGUGGUGGAUGGCCUUCUCAAUCAACCAGGCGAAAGAAGAUGGUGGCGUUUCUCUGAAGACAGUCCUUUUACUCGCUGUGUUCGCUGCUGUCGAUAUUGCAGCCAGCGCUGGUUUCGUGUUGUUGCGUAUUAUAAUGUAUGUGAUGAGAGACCGUUUCUAUCCGUGGGACAUGCGCACGCCUUCGGCUAUUACCGAGCCUGAUUCCAUUGCAGGCCACGCUGCUCUUCGCUUACUAACCCUACAGACUAGCUGCGGUGCCAAUGACAUCAUGGUGGCGAUCAUUGUGGGUUUCCUCACUGGAUUGAGAAUUUACAGCGUGGUAUGUGUGUAUUCGUACUACAAGAAAGCAAAGAACGGAGCUCAGGACUCUUUUCAAAAAAGUGUAACAGAAGAUUCCGAGUAUAUGGCUGAUCAAAUGACAAGACUGGAAAAGUUGGACAGGAUGGAAAAAUCAACCAGACAAGACCGUAUGAACGAUAUCUAUGAAUAUUUGCCCAGACCUUACUUUGGAAAUCGCGGUAAUUCCCGUCAUUUGGGUGAACCAUUUAGUAAUAAACCGCAAGAUACUACCACAAGUCGUCAGAGUAGAGGGCGCUUUUCCACUACCACAGCAACAGCCUCUACAGACGAAGAGGAAAUUAUGAAUGAGAUCAAGAUUCAGGCAGCAGACAUGCCUAGUGAUAUGCAACGCAAAGCUUUAGAGAGUGCAGCCCAAGCCAUCAAGCUUUACACCACCGAAAAACACAUUGCGGAGAGCAUCAAGCAAGAUUUUGAUACCCUCUAUAAUCCCACGUGGCAUUGCAUUGUGGGUCGCAACUGGGGCAGCUGCGUGACACAUUCUAAACAGUGUUACAUUCGACUAGCGUACCGAGAUAUGACGCUCCUUCUUUACCGAUCAACCUGAGGUAUCCAGAUGUACAAGAAAGGUGCAGAGCUUCGAUACAGAACUUACGAAAUAGGCGCAUGUGAUCAUCAAUCCGUGUGCGCGUACGAAAGAAAGACGUCGGUAUACACGUAACAUUGGAAGGAUUUCCGUUUUUUUUUUUUUGCUGU